UUAAUAUUUUUUUUCACGCUAUUGUAGCUUCUCUCGUUAUUAAUAAACUUGCGAAUGUUGACCUCAGAUUUUCAUUCGAGUGCACAACUACGAUCUGACGAUUGCAGCGGAUUAUUUCAACAGAUUGGUUAAGCUUUCUUAUAGCAGUAUAGCAAUAGUUUUAUUUGUCGAUAACGAACGUAUGGUACAUGUGGGGUCAUGUUAUUGAAGGAGUAUCGAAUAUGCAUGCCAUUGACCACGGAAGAGUACCAACGUGGUCAACAAUAUAUGAUAAAUCGGCAUAGUGAUGAACAAAGUGAAGCUGGUGAAGGAGUAGAAGUAGUUUGCAAUGAGCCACACUAUGACGAGGUUUAUGGACAUGGAAAAUAUACUGAAAAGAGGAUUCAUUUAAAUUCACGUCUUCCUUCCUGGGCGCGAGCUGUCACGCCCUCAAUAUAUGUCACAGAAAAAGCAUGGAAUUAUUAUCCCUACACUGUCACAGAAUAUUCAUGCCAUUUUCUCCCAAGACUAACUGUAUUUAUUGAGACACGAUACGAAGAUAACAAUGGAAAAUCUGCCUCAAGUAAUUCAGCAAAAUUUUAUAAGAUUAAAGAUCAAGGUAUAACGGAUGCUGAUUUAGCAGCUCGAGAUAUUGAUCAUCUUGAUAUCGCAUAUGAUAAAGCACCGGACAAAUCAUACAAAGAAAGCGAGGACUGUACGAAGUUUCACUCGAAAAAAACCAACAGGGGACCAUUACGACUUGGCUGGAGGGAUAAUCACAAACCAAUAAUGUGUUCUUUCAAACUUGUUUUGGUAAAAUUUGAAGUCUGGGGAUUACAGUCAAGAGUAGAAUCUUUUAUUCAAAAAUCAAUCAGGGAUAUAUUACUUGUUGGACACAGACAAGCCUUUGCAUGGGUCGACCUUUGGUAUGAUAUGACUCCUGAGAAUAUUAAACAAUAUGAGUUAGAAUUACAAGCGCAAACAAACUCUAAAGUAUUGGGAAGGAAGAGGUCAUCUCGUUCUAGUAGUAAAAAAAGCAGCUUUGCUUCGUUAAGUUCUUUUGAUUCUUCUCAUCCUAAAACACCAUCAGAUUCAGGAGAUCAUGAUAAUGAUGAUGAUGAUUUAUUUGUUGAUGCAACCUGCACUUAACAAAAAACUUCGUCCCACACUUCAUAGUAUGCAGGAUAAAUACUGAUGAAUCUCGUUGUAUGGGGUCUUCAGAUAUAAACAAUAAAGUGAAAAUAGUUAAAAUUCGUUAACUCAUGUUUAUUAUUGUUUUAUGUGACCAACCAAAUUUAUCAUAUUCUGUAACACUCAUUUGGUUAAAGUCAUCUAUGAUAAUUGUCUGAUUGGACAACACUUUUAAAUUGAAGAGUAAUAAUUUAUUCACUGUUUGUCAGAAUUUAGUUCUAUAAAUAUUUUUUAAAUUUUUGAUGCACUCAUUUUGGAGAUUGGUACAUGUAUGUUGUAGCCACCAUUAAACGUAAAAUUUUUACUUAAAAAAAUAGGUUUGCUCACAAAGAGCAGACUAAGAAUAGAACAGUUUGUCCUGCCCCUGUCUUUGCUCCGAACUCACAAGUUGCAGGCCCUUUAAAUAAUUAUAUCAGAGUAUCCCAAACUGGGGUCGGCGGGCGGCGGACGUGAUGACUGCACAGAGGGCGUUACGAUAUACAAAGAGUCUGAUCAAUCUCCAAUGACUAAUUUUAAUCAAAAAGCCAUUGCAUCUUUUUGGUUGAUGGUUGCUAACGAAUAUCCAUUCAGAAAAGGCAAUUAAAAUUUUAUGCAUUUUGCAACGACCUACAUGUGUGAGGCAACAGUUUCAGCUCGUUGUUUGUGUUGCAAAUGAAACAUUAUCCUUCAUCAUUGGUUAGGCACAGAAAUUGGUACGACAUAGGAUGGGGGUCCGCCAAAGAUUCACAAACAGGGGUUCGUGGCCCCAAAGAAUUUGGGAAACUUUGUGUUAUAUCAUGGGGUAAUCUUCAUCCUAUUUCUAUCCAAAUUAAGUUAUUUAAUGUACAAACAAAAUCCACCAUUACAAAUGUAAUGAUGUCUUUAUAAUAAACUUAACUCUCAUAGGCAUUAUUUCUAUGCUAACUAUGUUAGUAUGGAUCAAGUGGUACAUAUCGAAGCGAAGUGUUCCUUAUUGUGUUGUAUUUUUUUUUUCAUCUCUCAUAAAACUAGUCAUUGUGAUUAGUAAUUUUUUUUCAUAAUUGCAAUACAAUAUUUUACAUCUAAUUUUUUUUAUUUUGUUGCAGCAUUUCUGUAUGUUGUAUUAUUGCGAAUAUUUUUUCUUGAGUUUUCACUUUUCCAAUAUCAGUUUUAGCAGUAAAAAAGGACUUGUAAAUUGAUGAUCAAGUCUUUAAUUUUAUAGGGGUCUCUUGCAUAAGCAAAAAAAAUGAUAAUUUUGAAAAUAUUUUGAAAUUUUUGGAUGGGUUGGAUAUGUUAAAUAAUAAAUAAAAACCUCAAUUUCCUAUUGUUCUGAGAGCAAUUUCAUGUUGUGUCUUCUAUGUCUAUGCACUCAGAAAUCAGUGCGUAUGACAACUUAGUAUACUCUGUAAUUGCAGAUUAGAAUCGUUACUUGUUUUUUUGGAGGUUCUUAUUGCUUUCUUGUGUUAACUAAAGUUGUUCUUUUGGUGUUAUCUAAUAAUCUGAAAUGUGAUAUACUAACGAUUUUCGACAAAUUAAUUUUCUACAUCAUUGGAUUGUUGUGGUGACUAAAACUGUGUCUUCAUGAAAAAUGCGAUGGAUUUUGGUUGUUCUCGUCAUCAAUGUAAUUUACUCAGUUUUUGUAAUUACGGUCCCAAAUUUUCUGAUGCGAUUUUGCUUCAGUGAUAUUUCUGCAAUCUUCAGGUCUAAUUCACCCUCAAUUCACUUAUUUAUUUGAUGUUACAUACUUGGUUCUCAAAGGAUAUAAACUUUUUUACUAAUAGUUAUAGAACAUCCUAAUUUGUUGCCUCAAUUGAAAAUGGUAUAGCAAGCCACUAUUGUCAACUAAAAAUCCAGUUGCCGUAACGGUAUUCAGGAACUUCAGGGUGUGAUUCUGUGAAUUAAAAAUUGUGCGAUAUUUCGGUACAAUACUAUAUGACAAGAUCUGCUUUUCCAAGGUAGAUCUUUUACUAGUUUUGCCUUGUGCUUUGCUACUUCAAACCCCAUACCUCCAAUGAAUAUUCUUUUUAGGGACCUCAAAAUCCUUCAUCUGUAAGCUAAUCAUGCAACCAAGCUUAUAGGACAAUAUACCAAUACGAUUUGUAUACAAGUACUAAGGGAUUCGUAUUCACAUGGGAUGUGGGGUGAAUUUGCUGUAACCCAUAUCCUUUAUUAUCACAAAUCUGCUGUCUAUUCAAGCCAAAUAAUAUCUUCUCGUUUCAUUGGGGUUAGUGGCAGCAUUCAUAAACAAAAUAGACACCUUGCCUUUGGAUGCAUUAAAAUCAUCAAACACUGCCAGUGUGGAACAACCUAGUGUAUAUGGACAUGAGGUGUUUUGUUACAUUAUUUGUAACAGGCUAUCUAUUCAAUAACUAGUGUAGCAAUGUAUAGCAACAUUAUCCUAGAACGGAUGCAAAAUGUUAUUAUUAUUGUAGAUAUGUUUUACCUUUAACAAUAAAGAAUUGAAAUGAGA